GUGUUUCGAAUUGCUAUGUGUUUAAGAGCCGGUUACAGGAGUACGCUCAAAAAGUCGGAGUACCCACUCCCGUAUAUGAGACCACAAAAGAAGGUCCCUCCCAUGAGCCUUACUUUAGGUCAUGUGUGAUUGUAAAUGAUGUCAGAUAUGAUUCUUUGCCUGGGUUUUCCAACCGCAAGGCGGCAGAGCAGUCCGCUGCCGAAGUUGCUCUCAGGGAGUUAGCCAAAACCGGUGAUGUAAACCAUUGCAUCUCUCAACCAGUUCACGAAACUGGAUUAUGCAAAAAUCUGCUUCAAGAGUAUGCACAGAAGAUGAACUACGCCAUCCCUCUGUAUCAAUGUCAGAAGGAUGAAGCCCCUGGCCGAGCAACCCUUUUUUCAUGUGCCAUCGAGAUUGGGGGGAUUCGCUAUAUUGGAGCUGCAGCAAAAACAAAAAAAGAGGCUGAGAUUAAAGCUGCUAGGACUGCGCUUUUAGCUAUACAAUUAAGUGCCCCUGACAAUGAACAUCUUGAGAACGCUCAGUUAACAGUGCUUCCUGGCAAAAAACGGGGGGCAGAAUCAGAUACUAAAGUUGAGGACCCUCCUAGAGUUCCAAAGGCAAAGAAAGCGCGGUUUAAGAAGAGAACAUUUAAGAAGAAGUUCUCCGGGAUUCAGGCUGGUGAAACCCGAGUUGAAACUCCGGGAAAAUUCAAUCAGAAGAUGAAUCAUGAUAUGGAGCGACUGGGAAUGGAAAAUGAUGCGUCUAUGGAAAAUGAUGCAUCUAAACAACUCACUACUGAAACUACGGCGAAUACCCAGAAUGGGAUGCUCCAAAGUGAGAGGGAGAAAAAUCCAAUGGAAGGUUCUUUGGUUCCUCAUGUUGAUUUUAAUCCCGGAAAUGGGCAGUCAACAGUUUCGGAUUCCAUUCAAAGCGGCAAUGGGAUUCUACCCCCAUUGGUUUGCGGGGACAUAGCUCCUUUGUCCACUGAUACGAGCGAGGUCUCUGGGAUCGAAGACAUGGUUCUUCACACCUUGAGUAACUCUACUGUAGGUGAACUAGAGACUUCUUCAAGUGUUGCUGCAAGUUUUAUUCAGUCAGAAUAGAAUAGAGUACGACCAAGCAGGUGCAAUCUUAUGUUAGAUUUCUAGGAGAAAUAGAUGGAGUUCAAGUAUUUGAACUUUGUUUUGAAGUUUAAAAGAGUAGGGGACUUUGAAUUUUGAUGGCUUCAAAGACUUGGGAUUCUUCCAAGUCAAUUACAGGUGAUUUGCAUGCUUCCAUUGAACUUCUGUUUGCAUAUCAUGGAAGUAUAAAGAAAUUUUACCUCCUACACUCUAGAAUAACAAUAUUUUUUGCUUUUUUUUUUUCUUUUUUUGUGGGGGAGGGGCCAGAAUGUAAAUCACUUUUGUGCCCUUUAUCUUAAGGAUGCUC